CAUGCGCAUAAAUCAAACGACCUAGAGUAAUUCGCCGCGAUAGCUGCAACUCCGCGACUUUCUGUUUGCACCGAGCGUCUUCUGUUUUGAGAGUCCGUGUGGGCCAUGAGUGAAGUAGAGGGAGAAGCGGGGAGUGCGGCAGACUCUCCAGCAGUUAUGGGGGAGAGAGAGGCGCCCGUUUUACCCGUGUCUCAGUCUUCACCCAUCUCACCACGCCCUGGAGAGGAAGAUGAAACGUCCACCAUCAACAGCUCGGUGUCCACACAGACGGAGCCCCCGCCACGAGGGGUCAGCGACCUCUGGGGUCUCGAUGAGCAGAUCGACAAGUGGCAGGUGUCGGCCAUGCCCGAGGAGAAACACUACUUCUCUAUGGACCCCACCCUGAUCACAGCUGCAGUUACAGCCGUCAAGUCAAGACUGACAGAGCCUGACAGUAACAUCAGAGGCACCUGGCUACUCACCGAAAUAGACCACUGGGAUCUAGAGAAAGAGAGACUACUGAUGUUAACAGACAACAAUCUCAUCUCCGUUCGCUACAACUUCAUCCAGGGUGUGGUGGAAGAGUUAAAAUUUAUUCCACUCGGUGCUAUCACCAGUAUUGUCUUUGGUGACUUCAAAUACCCUUCCUCUUAUGCCUACUCUCGAACGGGGAAAGCCGUCAAGAUAUUCUGGGGCAAGGAAGAGGGCAUGGGUUUCUUCGACCGCUGGAACCCUUUCUCCACUCGCGUUCCCUACACCAUUUUUGCCUCUCACCUGAUGAUGAGAAAGGGCCGCGUGGACAGCGACCAACUACGCGUGGCUAAAGUCAUCCCGGAGCUCGAAAAGGCCAUAAAUGACAUCCGGAGAGCUAGCCGCACGGGACAGCAGGAGCAAGGACAAGACGAGGAGGCUUCUGCGGCAGGCUCUGCAUCGAGUGUCGUGGAAGAGUAUAACGUGACAGAUGGAGAUAUUGUGGUGGGUUCGUACGUCGGGCUCGGUGCUCUCAUUCACAAUGACAGUAAUCUGGGUUUCUUCAAACGGAGGGGCCUCAUGAACUGGUGACUACUUAUCUCUAUGCCGUGGACCUUAUAACACCACCGUCACAUUGUGUAUUGUACGGUAAUGAUAGGAUGAAGUCACAUUGCAUAUAAUACUGUAAGGAGCACUCAGGACUGAAAAUUAUAAACCAUCCAUUUACCGCUACUUUUUUUGUGAUGUGCAGUCUCAUUAUGUUGUUCUGGUCAAUCUGAUAAACAACUGCACUAACUAAUUUUGUAAACACCAAUUGAACGGAAAAGGUCAAUUUGUGAGAGGUACCCUAAAUUAAGGGGGUAAUAUGCAUGCAACUAACUGCUGUUUGGGAAAGAAAAGAGAGAUUCGGGGUGUCCUUAGAGCCAUAUAGAUUCAACGCGCUGUAGUGUGCGCAUGCGCA